GAGGGCAAAGUGGCGGCAGCGGGGUCCAGUACUCUCGUUGUGGCUGGGCGGCUAGUUCAAGUUGCCAUAGCUGCCAGUCUGGGGAGAGCAGAGUCGGUUGAGUCGCAGCGUUUGGUCAGUUGCACCUUCUGGGUCGCUGGUAGCCGCGGGAGCCGGGUGGGGCCUAGGCGAUGAUCCGGCAUUAACGAGCUGGGGUCAUCCUCCGUGUCAGGUGGCUUGGGGAAAGUGUAGAAGCAACCAAAGAUCAUCUGCUUGACGAGGCCCUUUGCCCUGAACCUCAUGAAGAAAUGAUAGGAGACAGACAUAUGUGCCUAAGAAGAGCGUUGAGCUCAGAGAAGAGCAACUUGGAGUUUUGGGGGUGUGCUUUGAUUUGUGUACAUCAAUGGCAGAAUCAUCGAGCGAAUCCGAUCACUUCCGCUAUCGUGACCGAUUGAGUGCAUGGGCUGCCAGAUCAACUCACAGGGGAACUCGAAGUCUUCCUACAGUAGAAGUUACCCAGAAGGUCAACACUAUAACAAGUACUUUACAGGAUACCAGUCGGAACCUGCGACAAGUGGACCAGAUGCUUGGCCGAUACCGAGAAUACAGUAAUGGACAGGCGGGCGCUAUAGAACAUUUAAAAGAAAGCUUGGAACAAUCAAUCGACCAACUGCGGAGUCAACGUUUAUUGAGAAACUCAGGAGGGGGAAGUAUUUCUGUUACAAGUUUGAGUGCAAGUGACCUUGAUGGUGGCACUGGGCCAGAGAGCCAUCGUUUUCCACCUACCUCAACGCUCAAGGACUAUGGAGAUCCACAGGGUAUCAAACGAAUGAGAGCCAGGGCUGGUGUCCGGUUUGUUCAAGAGACUGAUGAAAUGGCUCAGCUCCAUGCUUUUCAUCAGUCUCUUCGAGACCUCAGCAGUGAACAAAUUCGCCUUGGAGAUGAUUUCAACAGGGAGCUUUCCAGAAGGAGCCGGUCGGAUGCCGAAACAAAAAGGGCUUUGGAAGAAUUGACUGAAAAACUUAAUGAAGCCCAGAAACAAGAAGUGGUUUCAGAUCGGGUAGAGCGGCGGCUUCAGGAACUAGAGAGAGAGAUGCGUACAGAAAGGGAGUUGGUGGAAAGACGCCAGGAUCAACUGGGACUCAUGUCCCUGCAGCUACAGGAGGCAUUGAAGAAACAAGAAGCUAAAGCAGAUGAGAAUGAAGGGGCAAUAAAAAAUAAGCUAAGACAAACUGAAACUGAGAAGAAUCAACUUGAACAGGAAUUGGAGCUAUCUCGAAGGUUAUUGAAUCAAUCAGAAGGCAGCAGAGAAACACUUUUGCAUCAGGUAGAAGAACUGCGUACACAACUUACGAAAGCAGAAGGUGAUCGAAAAGGUUUACAGCAUCAAGUGUCUCAGAUUCCCAAGCAACCGUCAAACUAUCAGGAUGAACAAGGGGAGGACUGGAGGUUUAGAAGAGGGGUCGAGCGGGAAAAACAGGAUCUGGAGAAGCAGAUGUCAGAUUUGAGAGUGCAGCUGAACUUCAAUGCAAUGGCAUCUGAGUUAGAGGAAGUGAAACGGUGCAUGGAGAGAAAAGACAAGGAGAAAGCACAUUUGGCAGCACAAGUUGAGAAUUUAACACGUGAACUGGAGAAUGGGGAAAAACAGCAACUGCAGAUGUUGGAUCGACUUAAAGAGAUCCAGAAGCACUUUGACACAUGUGAGGCUGAGCGCAAGCAUGCUGACCUUCAGAUCUCAGAGCUGACUCGCCAUGCAGAGGAUGCAACCAAACAGGCUGAGCAGUACCUCAGUGAGCUCCAGCAGUCAGAGGCCCUGAGAGAGGAGGCGGAGAAGAGGAGGGAAGACCUGAAACUGAAAGCUCAAGAAUCCAUUAGGCAGUGGAAGCUUAAACACAAGAAGUUAGAGCGAGCAUUGGAGAAACAAUCUGAAACUGCUGAUGAACUGACAGACAAGAAUAACCAGAUUUUGAAAGAAAAGGAUGAAUUGAAAAGCCAACUGUACGCAGCAUUACAACAAAUAGAGAAUCUUCGAAAGGAAUUGAACGAUGUCCUAACAAAGCGUGCCCUUCAGGAGGAGGAGCUUCACUCUAAGGAGGAGAAACUAAGUGAUAUUAAGGCUCAUCAAGCUGACCUUGAAUUGGAAGUCAAGAAUUCCCUGGAUACCAUUCAUAGACUGGAAAGUGAAUUGAAAAAGCAGAGUAAGAUCCAAAGCCAGAUGAAAGUUGAGAAAGCUCAUUUGGAGGAAGAAAUUGCAGAGCUCAAGAAGAGCCAGGCCCAGGACAAAGCUAAGCUUCUUGAGAUGCAAGAGUCCAUCAAGGACCUGAGUGCCAUCCGAGCAGAUCUCGCUAAUAAAUUGGCCGAGGAAGAGAGAGCCAAGAAAGCAGUGCUUAAGAACCUUUCUGACCUCACUGCACAGGCAAAAUCCAGGGAUGAAGAAACAGAUACCAUCAUCACACAGUUAAAGCUGGAACGAGACGUGCACCAGAGGGAGCUGAAAGAUCUCACAUCAUCACUGCAGAGUGUGAAAACGAAGCAUGAACAAAAUAUCCAGGAGCUGAUGAAGCACUUUAAGAAAGAAAAGAGUGAGGCUGAGAAUCAUAUCAGGACACUGAAGGCUGAAAGCUUAGAAGAGAAGAAUAUGGCUAAAGUUCAUCGUUGUCAGCUGGAGAAGUUGAAAUCACAGUGUGACAGGCUGACAGAGGAAUUAACCCAGAAUGAAAAUGAGAACAAAAAACUGAAGCUAAAAUACCAGUGUUUGAAGGAUCAACUAGAAGAAAGGGAAAAACAUAUAAGCAUUGAAGAAGAGCACUUAAGGAGGAUCGAAGAGGCCAGAUUGCAGCUCAAGGAUCAACUUCUUUGCUUGGAGACUGAACAGGAAUCCAUCCUUGACGUGAUAGGAAAGGAAAUUGAUGCAGCUUGUAAAACAUUCUCCAAGGACUCCAUGGAAAAAUUAAAAGUUUUUUCAUCUGGUCCUGAUAUACAUUAUGACCCACAUCGCUGGUUAGCAGAAAGCAAGACUAAACUUCAGUGGCUCUGUGAGGAACUGAAAGAAAGAGAAAACAGAGAGAAAAAUCUGCGACAACAGCUGACGCUCUGCAGACAACAACUCAGGAAUUUGACCGAAAACAAGGAAUCCGAGCUGCAGUGUCUGUUUCAACAGAUAGAAAGGCAGGAGCAGCUUCUGGAUGAAAUACAUCGGGAGAAGAGAGAUCUACUAGAAGAGACCCAACGAAAAGAUGAAGAAAUGGAAUCUCUGCAGGACCGUGUAAUUGCGUUAGAAACGAGUACCCGAGUGGCCUUGGACCAUCUGGAGUCUGUGCCUGAGAAACUGAGCCUACUAGAAGAUUUCAAAGACUUCAGAGAUUCCUGCAGUUCAUCUGAGAGAACUGAUGGAAGAUAUUCUAAAUACAGGGUUCGCAGAAAUUCUCUUCAGCAUCACCAAGAUGACACCAAGUACAGAACCAAAAGUUUCAAAGAUGACAGAACCUUUCCGGAAGGUUCCCACGCUCAUGGGUUAGAUCACUCAUCCUCUUGGCAGGAUCACAGUCACUUCCUGUCUAGUCCAAGAUUUUCAUACUUGAACUCAUUUACCAAAAGAACUGUUGCUCCAGAUUCAGCUUCAAUCAAGGAAGAUGCCACAAUGAAUGAAACAAGUUCACAACCCAAAAAAGAGGAAUAUGAGAACUAAAAAAGCAAAUGUAAUUUGUUAUUUUACAAGAGUGUUUUACAGAUAAUAACGUCUCUAUUCUUAUAAAUUUGGCCCAGAUUAUCUAACAGACAUACCUGCCACUUUGGCUCUCUAGUAUUGCCAAACAUUGACAAAAGUGACAAUACUGUUGGUCCUUGUGAAUAAGUUAAACCAAUCCAAAUAAUAUCAGCUCAUGAGUGAUGCACAGCUAAUUUAUUUGCAACUUAUACUAGCACAGAAAGAAUGAUAUUGUUUUCACUUUGUAUUUUCCCUUUGCAAGUGUGGUCAGUCACAUUUGCCCAACCAAAAUUUGGAUUUCUAAUUGAGGCCUUUCAAAAAUUACUGGCUAAAAAGAAGGAAAAUGAGUUUCCCUUGAGGCAAAAGUUGCCAGCACUUUAUAUUCAGGGAGCAUUUAUAUGCAGUUGAUUUUUUGAAAAAAUGCUUUCUCCCUAAUAAAUUAUCAUGUGUUAUAACAUGUCAUGGAGAUGUGCGUACAUAACAUUAGACAGCCCACUUUAUAAAUGCUCAGGAUUUUUAUAUCCGUCAUCUCAGCAGUCUGCGACUACAUACAGUAACUGAAAAUUAUUUCCAAUCAUCCAUUUUUAAUAGCAAUAAAGAAUUCAUAAAUGAUAUUUGAACUGUAGAGCACUGUAAAAAAUUCAUAGCACAAUUUAUUUAUUUGUCUUUUUGUGGCCAAAUAUCCUACUGUGAUCACUUCAGUCAUACCCUGAACCAGCUUUGGUUUACUGUUACUAAAAUCAUAGCACCAAACUCCUUUGUCCAUGAGAUUUAUAUAUAAUCUUGUAUAAUUUGGUACUGUCUGCUUCUACCAUCCCAACUUUUUUCAUCAAAGUGUUUACAUACUGAUCUCCUAGUAGAGAAAGAUUUGUAUUAAAUGCUAAGUAAUAGUAAACUUUCAGGAACUGAAUCCUGCUGACUCAUGGAUUCUGCACAGACAAGGACAGUAAACCAGUACCUUUGUAAUAUGCAUUCCAUUUUGUGUUUGUUAAAGUACACUUGUUCGUUAGAGUUCUCACAUUUCAUAAAGAUGCUUCUGCUCAAGAUAUGUUUUCCUAACUUACCAUAUUUGAUGGUACUAAAGAAGAAAAAAAAUGGCAGUCUUUUCCACAAACUCAAAUGCAGCUCUUCCUGUAGGACAUGGAGAUAUCUCCUAUCCAAAAAUUGCAUAACACGAGCUAUGUAACCUCUGAGAGAUGCAUUUUUAUCAUUUAUGCAUUUCAAAAAUCUUGUAUUGAGUUCCUACUAUAUGCCAGUCAUUGUGCCAAGAGGAAAAUAAUGAAAUUCUAAAACAGUUGUUCAUGUCGCAAAAUUUGUUUAGCAUUAGGAAUUAUAUGAAAAUCGGAGUGAUUUUAUUAGUCUAGCUGGAGAAAUUUGGGAUUAGACAACAUUAAACAGAUUUGGUUUUAUUUUAUCUAACUUUAGGAAUUCUUAGAGCAAUGCAAUAUACUAAGGAGCAUUAUGAGGUCUUAUUGGGAGUAUCCUGUGUGGUGUGACUCACAGUCCUGGUGAUCCAUAUAAUCCGUAUUACUCUGAGGUAAUAUUUAGGGUAUUGAGAAUUUAUUACCUUUGAUGGUUUGACCAACAUCAAACUAUUUUAUCUCCCUGGACCUAAAUAAGCACCAGGGAAGAAAAUACAAGGGAAAAACAACAGAUUUCAUUUAAAUCCUGAGGACAAAUAUGAGUUAAAAAACUUUUAUGUAUUAGUAGGGCCUUCAUGCAGUCUGUUCCCUUCUAUAAGAACUGAUCUAAACCAUUGCACCUGUGGUCAUUAAAAAAAAAAUUGCACCAAACCAAUUAGACCUGAAAAUGUAAAUUAACUCAAAUUAUUUACAUGGGAAAUCCUUGAAAACAUAUUGGCCGGUGAUUUUAUAACAGAAUGGAGAGGAAUCUUAUGAAGGAACUUUCGAAAUCUAAAAAAAGCCAUUAUAUCAUGUUAUUGAAGGCCCUGUGCUACUGUUGGAUGAAUGAAGGUGUCUGACUUCUAUAGAACACACAAGAACACACAAGAACUUCAAAGGCAAAGUCAACUUUUUGUGAACAACAAUUUUGUCAAAAUUC